AUGCCUUGCUGUGUCUUGGGUUUGGCGGGAAGCUUCGAGAAGCCUCCUUUGACAAAACUGUUGUCAAACCUCACACUGUCUUCACGGAUGAGACGUUUCUCCACUGCUUUUACACAGUUAAAACAAANAGCUUCAGCCAAACAUCAAGACUACAAAACACAGAUCGUUUUGUGUGAUCCUAUUGUGUAUGUGUGUGUAGUUUGGGAUUACAGUACGGGAAGAGUCGGAGCACCUCUGGUUUGCUGUGAGAUCCAGCUGAAGGACUGGACGGAGGGUGGUUACCGGAGCACAGAUAAACCCUGUCCACGAGGAGAGAUUCUGAUUGGUGGACCUAACGUAACCAUGGGUUACUACAAGAACAAGGAGAAGAACUGUGAGGAUUUCUUUGUGGGUAAGAAAGGCCAGCGGUGGUUCUGCACGGGAGACAUCGGAGAGUUUCAUGGAGACGGCUGUCUGAAGAUUAUUGACCGUAAGAAGGACCUGGUGAAGCUUCAGGCUGGAGAAUAUGUUUCUUUGGGGAAGGUGGAAGCCAUCCUGAAAAACUGCCCUCUCAUCGACAACAUCUGUGCUUAUGCCAACAGCAAUGAAUCUUACGUGAUUGGCUUUGUGGUGCCCAAUCAGAAACAGCUCCUGGCACUUGCAGAGAGGAGGCGUGUCAAAGGUUUGUGGGAGGAGCUUUGUAACAGCCCCAUCAUUGAGGAGGAGGUGCUUAAAGUCAUCACAGAGGUGGCACUGACAGCUCAGUUAGAAAGGUUUGAGAUUCCAUGUAAGAUCUGUUUGAGUACGGAUGCCUGGACCCCAGAGACCGGCCUGGUGACGGACGCUUUUAAACUCAAACGAAAAGAACUGAAAACUCAUUACCAGCAUGACAUCGAGAGAAUGUACGGUGCCAAAUAAAAAACAUUUCUGAUUACAACCACUGAAAAAUAAUGUAUAGAUUGAAUGCAUUGUAAUUAGCUUUGGAUAAAAAGCAUUUGCCAAAUGCAUAAAUGUAAAUAAAUGGACAGCCAGACAAAACUGGACCGCCAGUCAGGACUUCAAAAAAAGUAUUUCAGCUCCCCAAUCUGAAUGACAUGGCCAGAUAAAACCUAGAAUCAGUUUCUCAGAUUUGACCCAAAUCUAAAUAUCAGCACUCCUGAACAUCUGUCCAAUCAGAUUAGAGGUUUAGAAGUAACAGUUCUAUCCUGCGCCCAAGCUGUGCAUCAUGGGAUACACUCAUGCUCUCAGCAGGAAUCCUUCAGACAUUAAACUGGACAACUUUCUUUACUGUUUGUAAUCUUUCUUUAACUUGAAUCUCUUGAUGUUGUCGUGUGUGAACUGUCUUAAAGAGACAAAAUGAGCAAAUUAUAUAAAAAUAUCUUGAACAAAUUUGUCUUUCUCUAUUAGACUUACAGUAAUUCAGUUUUUUGUAGGCGUAUAUAGAGUAUGAAAUGUAUGCUUAUUGAAGUUAUCCUGCUGGACAGAACAAUCUUUUUUUCCCAUAAGCAGGCUUUAAUAAAACAUUUUAAACUAAAUUCAUUUAAAGCAUAUGUUUGAAUCAAGUUUUUCGACCUGUAAGAAGCAAGUUUUUCUUUUAUUUAGAAAAGACAGAAUCGGGUUUAAUGUAGAAUUAUGUUAUGAUAAUGGUUAAAAAAAACUUGACACCCCUAAACAGAAGCCAUCAACCCCUUCAGCUUUCUGUUCAAUUUCCUUGACCAAAAAUAUUUGGAGUCUAGUAUAGAUUCAUAGUAAUACUUUCUUUGGUUUUCUUAAGUUAAACAUGAUACAGAGUUGAAAAGAAAAUACAGAAAUGACCCGCUUACAUUUAUUCAUGAUGAUAAAACCAGACUGUAAUGCCAGAAAAUAAGUGUGUUUCA